AUGGACGACGUGUAUGAUUUGGAUAGCAUAGAUGUGGAGCUCGAUGAUUAUUUUAAGAGGAAACCAAUUUCCCGAUGUAAAGAUGAAUUUCUGAACAUUCUCUGUGAAGAAGACGAUGGCGAUGAUGCAACUAAUGAUCCUCAAGCUCAAGGUCAAAAUAAUGCUCAAACUCAAAUCCAUAACCAACAAUUGGACUUAGAGUAUGUGAAAUGUAGUGAUGAAGAAGAGACAGAUGAUGAUUUCGAGUAUUCCACCCACAACCCAAAUGUGAAAUGA